AACUCCAUAGUCCACUUCGAGAAGUCCACCUCCGGUCACGUUUGUCAUUGCUUCUUCCGGCACCGGUCACCGUAUGGCUACUCACAUUCUCGCUUUGAUCCUGAAACGCAAUGCCGCCGACGAUGGCGAGUUCAUUCUUGUCAGGCAAACUCCGCCUCCCAAAUUCAAUGACGAAGUGUACGAUUCUUUUUUGGAUUCUGAUCUCUGGGACUUACCGUCGACCAAACUCAACCGUGUGGAAGUAGCACUGGAACCUGGAGCAGUGAUCGAAGGUCUCGCACCGUUCUCUGAAACGAUCGAUUUCAGGAACUUCGACAUCGAUGCUGCUAUUGAUAGGGCGUUGGGGCAAGUAGGUUUGAAGGAAAGCAAUAUUGGAGCGUGGAGAAUUUCGAAAUUCGUAGAGGAACCUGAGUUUGGACCUGGUUUGCCCGUUCGUACAAUCUAUAUAGUUGGCGAGUUAGCUCGGGCUAACUCGCACUUACCAGAUGUCUGCAAGUGGAUGCCUGUAGAAAGCUGUCUGAGUGUACUUCAUGAUGUUAAACCAGAUAAUGUUCGUGUUGGGAACUUAGCAGUGGUGGGUCUCGUAAAUGAAUCGUCACGGUCGUCAGAGCAGAAAGUUCACACCAGCCUUCGCUACCAGGAGUACCCUCCAGGGGUUUUUCUUGUCCCUAUGAAAAGUAGGACAGGAAAACCUUUUCUUACAACGAAUUUGAUCAUAUUUGCACCUGCGAUUGUUUCUGGUAAACUCAGCGACAACAGUUGUGCUAUAUCUGGAGAUGUUUUGAUAGUAGAUCCAGGGUGCCAUACUAAUGUUCAUGAGGAGCUACUGAAAAUUGUUGCUGCUCUUUCUGGAAAAUUAAUCAUCUUUGUGACUCAUCACCAUCGUGACCAUGUUGAUGAUGACUGGUCCCAUGACUAUACUUUAGUUUCUGGAGGAGAAGACAUUCUCAUUGGUGAUCAAAGAUUGAAAGUUGUUUUUGCGCCGGGGCAUACAGAUGGUCAUAUGGCACUGCUUCAUGUCAAUACUCAUUCUUUGAUCGUAGGCGAUCAUUGUGUGGGUCAAGGAAGUGCUGUUUUGGACAGCACGUCUGGUGGAAAUAUGACGGAAUACUUCCAUUCAACUUACAAAUUUAUUGACCUGUCUCCCAACAUUUUGAUUCCGAUGCACGGAAGAGUCAAUUUGUGGCCAAAGAACAUGCUCUGUGGUUAUCUCAAGUAAGGACAUUGCUUGCCAUUAUUUCACAUCUGGUAGUCUGAUCUCAUUUUGAGGUCACUCCGCUAUAUCUAUGGUUACCGAAGGCAAUGUUGGUCUUGUCAUGGCUCAGGAAAUUGUAUAAAAUUGAGAGUUUAUACAUCUAAAACUCAUUAACUGCAUAUCAAUCCAACUUCGAUUCAUUGCCACUUCAGUAUACUGUAUCCUCUACAUGAUUUGAUCUCUUUUUCUCAGGAACCGUCGAAGUAGAGAAGCUUCCAUAUUGGAAGCUAUAGAGACGGGAAGCAAGACACUGAUUGACAUAGUUGCAAAAGUAUAUUCUGGAGUAGAUCGUGCUUUUUGGGCUCUAGCUGCAUCAAAUGUGAGGCUUCAUGUGGCUCAUUUGGCUGAACAAGGCAAGUUGCCUGAGGGGUUUUCAAUGGAAAGGUUUGAAAAAAGCUGCGGGGCACAUUUCUUGUCGAGAUGAACAUUGAUAUUACCUCAUUGCUGGUGUUUCAUCAUUCUACGGAAAGUGUAGCACCCCCCUCAAUUACUUAUUGCUGGAGCAGUCACGUACUCUGUCAGGAACAAGUUCAUCUUCAAAUAGGGGGUGCAGACAGGUAACUGCGACGAAUUUCGGUUUAGUGUUAUCUGUUAUGUUGCGAUGUAUCACGAAAAAUUACAGGUGCUUCUUGUAAACCAUAGGGCCAGUUACAGGAACGACCACUACAGUAUAGAGAAAUCGCUUUAUUUACAAAGAAGACAGCUUCUCUUGCAACCCUGCCUCUGUGGCAAGAUGAAGUGUUUGUAAAAUAGUUUCUAGUCCCUGUAUCGUAACCUCGUAAUGGAACUGCAAGCAUUAUCAAGA